CGCGGGGCGUGCGGGGCGCGCGGCUGACGCGCUCGGGGCCGCCCUCCUCGCUCCCCGCGCCCCUCGGGGACAGCUGCAGGCGCGCGCGGCCCGCGGGGCGACGGGCGGGCGGGCGGCGGCCACCAUGGUGCUCUCGGUGCCCGUGAUCGCGCUGGGCGCCACGCUGGGCACGGCCACCAGCAUCCUCGCGCUCUGCGGGGUCACCUGCCUGUGUCGGCACAUGCACCCCAAAAAGGGGCUGCUGCAGCGGGACCGGGAGCCCGAUCCCGAGAAGGCCAGACCAGGUGUGCUCCGGCCGGCCCAACAGUUCAAUGUUAAGAAGUCCACAGAGCCCGUGCAGCCCAGAGCCCUCCUCCAGUUCCCAGAUGUCUAUGGCCCCAGGCCAGCAGUGACUGCCCCGGAAGUGAUCAACUAUGCGGACUACGCACUGCGGACCACGGAGGAGCCUGCAGCACCCAGCAGCCCCCCAGCUCCCUGUGACAGUCGCCUCAAGAGGCAGGUUACGGAGGAGCUGUUCAUCCUUCCUCAGAAUGGCGUGGUGGAGGACGUGUGUGUCAUGGAGACCUGGAACCCAGAGAAGGCCGCCAGCUGGAACCAGGCCCCCAAGCUCCAGUACUGCCUGGACUACGACCAGCAGAAGGCGGAGCUGUUUGUCACGCGCCUGGAAGCUGUGACCAGUGACCACGAGGGCGGCUGUGACUGCUAUGUCCAGGGCAGCGUGACCAACAGGACAGGCUGUGUGGAGGCCCAGACGGGCCUGAAGAAGCGUCAGCUGCGCACCGUCUGGGAGGAAGGCCUGGUGCUCCCCCUGGCGGAGGAGGAGCUGCCCUCAGCAACCCUGACCCUAACCCUGAGGACCUGUGACCGCUUCUCCCGCCACAGCGUGGCCGGGGAGCUCCGCCUGGGCCUGGAUGGGGCCUCCGUGCCCCUGGGCACCCCCCAGUGGGGAGAGCUGAAGACUUCAGUGAAGGAGCCGUCUGCGGGAGCAGGGGAGGUCCUGCUGUCCAUCAGCUACCUCCCAGCUGCCAACCGCCUGCUGGUCGUGCUGAUCAAAGCCAAGAACCUCCACGCGAACCAAUCCAAGGAGCUCCUGGGGAAAGAUGUCUCUGUCAAGGUCACCUUAAAGCACCAGGCUCAGAAGCUGAAGAAGAAGCAGACAAAACGAGCCAAGCAUAAGAUCAACCCGGUGUGGAACGAGAUGAUCAUGUUUGAGUUGCCCGACGACCUGCUGCGGGCUUCCAGCGUGGAGCUAGAGGUGCUGAGCCAGGAGGAGGGAGGGCAGAGUUGCCCCCUGGGCCACUGCAGCCUGGGCCUGCACGCCUCCGGCUCUGAGCGCAGCCACUGGGAGGAGAUGCUCAAGAACCCGCGGAGGCAGAUCGCCAUGUGGCACCAGCUGCAGCAGUAACCGCGCAGGUGGAGGAGCGCCCCCCAGCGGCCAGCCCUGGUUGUCCUCUGUGACCUCGUCAUCAUUGUGCCCCCAUCCUCAUUCCGACUUUCUUCCAGAAGACAGACUCUUGGCAGAAACCAAGCCCCUGCCCCCCUCUCAUCCUGCCCCCUGUUUCUCACAAAGAUCAGGACAGGGAAAUGCAUGGGAGUGGGACAGGCGGGUUCUAGGGAGUAGGUCCUCCUCUACAUUCUUGAAAGAGAGGCAAUGAAUCCAGAAUCCAGCAUGGUUCCAGGGCGGAAGCAGAGGACUCUUGAAGUGGGGGAAUGACCAAUGUCAAGAGGAAGGAGGCUUUUAAAAAGCACUGACCCAGAAUGACAGACACCGGAGCAACUGGGAAAAUUAGCAGUGGGGUGGGAUGAAAAGCUCAACCAGCACUAAAUCCUGUUUUGACUCCCACCCUGCACCCCCACCCUUUGUAACCCAGCUGUUUUCACCCUUAAUAUGGGCAGAAUCACCAGCAGUUCUUGAGCCAGCUUGCAAACAUUCCCAAUCCGUAUUCUUGGCAGAAAGCUUGAAGCUGCCAGGUACACAAGGGCCGAGUGGUAUUGUCAGAGGUGUGAGUCCUUUGGUCGAAUCCUUCUGUGACAUUCCAGACCCGUUCCCACCAUCCUUGCCGGGAUGCCCGACACAGUGGGGUUGCCAGUUCUAAUACAGGAUGACACCUCAGCCAUCAGGGCAAAGUGUGGCGGCCGCUGAUCAGUUCAGGCUCUUAAUCCUUCAGAUCUGGGUGAGUUGAUGCUCCAGACCUGGUCUUAGCACUGACGCGUGUGCGUUGCUGGAGUUUCCAUAUUGUUGGAUCCCUAAAUCAGUUUCUCUGCCACUUGGGGUGGGGGUGGGGGGACCUUUGAUGACCGGAAGAGGUGGGAGUACAUCCGUGGACUGUAUUCUGCACUCUAGGGGCCCUGGCCCCACCCGUAUUACCCGAAUCAACCUUAGAGAUUUCCCCUUUCUUCUCUGCUCCCGACCUCCAGUGAAGAGACCCAGUGGGCGCCAUGUUGGUUUUGUCUGUUGCAAGUGGAUGAAAGAUAACAAAAAAAUAGAGGGUGAAGAAUUUGGCAAUGUGCCUCCCUCCCCUACUUGUAGAACCUACUACCCCUUCAGUCAGUAAUUAAGCAGCCAGUAGGGUUUAGAUGUCUGCCUUAUCAUUCCAAAGAACUGAUCAUGUCAGUCAUGAAAUCUACAAGAGGAGCCUGUUGGGUGCAUGUGAUAUUAAGCCAAGAGCCAAGACCCCUGGGUUCUGCUGGGCCAUCUGUACAACUGGACUGGCCAUGUAAUGGCUCUUUGCGGGUAGGGGCGGGUGUGAGGGUGGAGAUCAGUGAUGUGUGCAAAAUCUACAGGCUUCCUAACUACAAACAAGUUCUGAGGCCACCAGUAGAUCAUCUCAACGUUUCAUCUUGGCAGCUGACAGUGCUAGGAGAAGCGCCAGCCCCACCCCAAGCCUUUCAAAGACCAUGGUUUGUGCAUUUGGCUUGAUGCUGAUGACCAGUCUCUGGACCCCCAGCUGUUCCCCGCUUGGAAAAGGCUUCUGGAUAAGUUCCUUCUCUUGGAUUUCAGCCUUGCUGUUUUCCAGAAUCCAAACUAAAAGUUGCCCCAGUAGAAGUCAAAUUCCCCUGCAUGACAACUAAUAAGUCAAGCAUCACCCAGCUUAGCAGGGACACACAGAGGGGGGACAGGCUGGCAGGCGGUUAUCCAUCCUGCCCACGGGUGUAUCCCGAGUGCCCACAGAGCACUGGCUCAUGGACCUUUCAUAAAUCUUUGCUGGGUGAGUGACUGAGAAGAGGCUACUGGAGAAGCAGGAAGAAGACUCUGCCAAGGGCGUUCGGAAUCAGAGUUGUAGCCAAGAUCCCAACUGUGGCAGCAACAGCAUCAGGCUCCAUCAUGGGCCUUAGACAUUCCUGACAUUGGAUUCCUGUCCCCGCUCCUGACAAUUCUUAGCUCUUCCUGGAAAUGCAACUGUAGACAAGAACAUCAGCACUGUGUUCGUUUACCAAGUCCCGGUCUUAGUGAUUUGUCAUUUACCUGUGGCUCUCAGACUGCCAAAUCAAAGAACUCCUUUGCACCAGCUUCCUCUGAGCCAGGUGUGUUGGCCAUUCACUGCCCCUUGAAAGUCGCCGAGUCUGUGUGAGCAUUUCAGAAGGGCGCGUCUUGUCCCCUGGCCAGGGCGUGUUUGCUAAGAAGGGCAGGAAGCUGAAGUGAACAUAAAGUGCGGUGGCAUCUCAGGCUGGGCUGUUGGCCCCAGAAAGCAUAGGUCCAGCAAUGAGGAUAGAGAAUUGGAGUCUACACUCACUGCUCGGGAACCUCCCUAUCUAUGCCCAAUCCAGUUCUGUUGGUUGAGUGCCCUUGCAUGUGUGUGUGUGUGUGUAUGUAUUUCAGUGUGAAAUAAUGACUCGUGUGGACCAAGUGACAGGCACUCCCAGACUCCCAAACUCCCAAAGGGUGCCCUGUAGCAAGCACAAGGCAGAAGAGCCAUGCAGUGGGGCAAGUUCUUGGGGUGCAAAGGAGUCUGGGUGGGCAGGUGGCUGCAGCCUAAGCCACCUUGAGGUGGGGAUCCCCAAAGAGAGACCACAUCCUUGUCGUUUAUUCGUUUCUCCCCUGUGUUUUUACCUGGUCUGAGCUGUGUGUGUGCAUGUGUGUGUGUGUGUGUGUGUGUGUGUGUGUGUGUUGCAAUCACAAAAUGAAGCACAAGAAGACGCAUGAGACAUUGUAGUCAAUUGUCUGGUGUCGUACUUUGGAGCAGCAAAAUACUUCCAGUAAUAAAUAAAUCAUGUCUAAUUGCA